GGGGACAGCGCCGCGGUGGUGUCGUGUUGCGGCGGCGGCGGCUGGGUGUUCCGUUAGCGGGCUGUGUUCCGUUAAGAGUCGGGAGGUGGUGCGCGGAGGUUUAUUAGAGGAAAGGCCGCUGUGAGGAGGAUCUGAUACCGGAGAUCCAGCGGACAGCGCGCGGGGAUGGUGAGGAUGAUCAUGCUGGAGCUGCUGUAGGAGGAGAAAUGGCCAUCAGGGAGCUGAAAGUGUGUCUCCUCGGGGACACAGGAGUUGGAAAGUCCAGUAUUGUGUGCAGAUUCGUCCAGGACCACUUUGACCACAACAUAAGUCCGACGAUCGGCGCAUCCUUUUUAACCAAGACCGUCCCCUGCGGCAACGAGCUUCACAAGUUCCUGAUCUGGGACACAGCGGGGCAGGAGCGGUUUCACUCUCUGGCCCCCAUGUACUACAGAGGCUCUGCUGCUGCUGUCAUCGUUUAUGAUAUAACCAAACUGGAUUCCUUCCAGACCUUGAAGAAGUGGGUGAAAGAGCUGAAGGAGCAUGGCCCAGAGGAUAUUGUGGUGGCAAUAGCAGGAAAUAAGAACGACCUGGGUGAUAUACGGGAAGUGCCCACAAAAGAAGCCAAGGAGUUUGCAGAGUCGAUCGCAGCGAUAUUCAUCGAAACCAGCGCUAGAAAUGCUGUCAAUGUUGAGGAGCUCUUUCAAAAAAUUAGUCGGCAGAUCCCUCCACUGGAGGAUGCAGAUGUGGACAGCAAUGAGUCAUUCAAGAUCACGCGUCAGCCUCCCGCGUCAUCCAGACGCUGCUGUUAGUGAUGUGGGACCUCCUACAGUACCUCUUCCUCAAAGCUGGAUAUUUGAGUUAGCUUUGCAUAUAACUUUCCUUAACUGUAAAAAAAAACAUUAACCCAACUUCAGUGUUAAAAACAAAAAAUUGCCACGUUUUGACAGAGACUCUGUUAGUAGUAUAAUAUAAAGUAUAUUUUAAAAAUCACAAAGUUAACAAAGUUAAAGCUGAGUUAAAGCUAAGCUGAGUAUACAAAACUGUAGUGGCUAGUGCUAAUGCUGCUCCAGCCUCGGUGCUGGAGAAACAUCUCCUGUAUAAUGCUGAGUGGCUUAACUGCUCCUUACAACAUGACUGGUAAAGUUCGUACAUAAGGCGCACCAGAUUAUAAGGCACACUGAUGAUUUUUGGGAAAAUUUAAGGGAUUUUAAGUGCUCCUUAUGGUGCGAAAAAAAAGGUACCAUAUGAAAUCAAAUGUCUCAUAUAAAAUAAAAUAUUGUAAACUUUGUGGUGUAAUAAACCACUGUAAGAUGUAAAGAUCCACUUCAAAGAGUAAACCAGGUUAACCUAAAAACAAAUCUUAUUUUAACAAAUAAUAAAAAAAAAAAUUAUCCAGUUAAAGGAGAAAACCAGCUUUUUCCUGCCUAACCUCAGUUUGCCACACCUGUGGCGUACAGUGGAUUACCAUGGAUAGUUCUGUCCCUACUGUUCCUAAUACAGAACAGAAAGCAGAAAACUCCAAACAUGCUUAUAGUAACAGAAGCCAAUUUGGAAGAUGCUAAAAUUAGCAUAUGUGUCAAUUGACCAUACAGUAUGUAUGCAACAGAUGGGCAAUCAUGUCUCACAUCAUGCAUAGAGAUGAGUAGGACAUCAUAUUUCUCCAGGUAGAGUCCAGUGCAGUAUUACUUAAAUAAUUAAAAUAGGUAAUUAAAAUGUCAGAGGCCAUGCUGUAUUUGCAUUUGUAUUUGUAUUAAUAUAAUAUUCAUUCCUGUUUAUGUUUUUUUUUUUAACAUGUUAGUUUUGUUGGGGUUUUGUUAUAUCCGUUGGUGUUUCCUAAGUUUCAACACGUCCACAGGCUUAUGUUCAUAGUUUCGUAGUGCAGAUAUAUGAUAUGUAAUAUAGUUAUGUUGGAAUUUUAUGUCAAGAGGUAAACAUGACUGAAAAGCUUCAAUUGCACCAUUUUACACAGUGCACUAUUUGCUUGCCAUAGGGUAUUCUAAACUUUGCCACUAACUUGUGAUAUUGGAUGUGCUUUUGGUAAGCCUUUUCAAAGUGUUUUUUUACUAAUCAGUUAAGUGGCCUUAGAAAUGUGGUACUGUAAAUGUAAACCAAGUUCCUAAUACCUGCUUUACCUGUACUUUUGAAUGUGCCUUAAUACAGCGCUUCUCAAAUAGUAGAGUUGUCCUCGUCUACGGGAAGUUGAGGACUGAUUUGAGAAGCCCUUAGUAAAUACAGGAAGUGCCUUCAUACAUUAAUGGAUUUGCAAAUGUAGUAAAAGUUGAUUUAGUUUUUACAGUAAACAUGUAGAUAUUUUAACAUUGAAGGGGCAUUGACGUUAUUGUUAUUAUUAAGCUGUAUAGAAAACUAAACAGUAUAUACUUACUAUAGAGUGCAGAUUACAGUCAGGUUCUUGCCAUUUGUCAGAGAUUUACGUGAGAUAAAUGUGUCUUAAAGCAGGGAGAGGAUCCGAGGGCCAGAAUCAAUCACAGUUUGCUGAUUUCUUGUACCUGCUUCUACUGUCACAUCUAUAAAAAUAUGACGCCACAAAGGGUUCUUUGAGCAUUGCCAUAGAAGAACCACUUCAGGUUCGAUGAGGAACCCGUUUGGUAAAUGAGAUCUGUAAGUUUGAAUAAUUUUUUUUCUUUUUUUUUUUGUAUCCUAUUUUCUCCCCAAUUUACAAGGCCAACUACCCAUCCCACUCAUUAGGACUCCCCCUAUUACUAGUACUGCUCAAACACCAGGAGGGUGAAGACUAGCACAUGCCUCCUCCGACACAUGUGAAGCCAGCCACCGCCACUUUUUGAACUGCUGCUGAUGAUGAAAAGCGACGCAACUCGGUUCCGAUACAUUUUAUUAUACAAUAGCGACACAAUUGUGCUCUCUCUCAGGGCUCCGGCAGCUGAUGGCAAGCUACAUAAACAGGAUUCAAACCAGCGAUCUCCUGACUAUAGUGGCAGCACCUUCUGUAAGUCUGCUGGACUACUUGGAGCCCCCAGAACAACUUUUUUUUUUUUUUUUUUAUAUACAAAGUGUCUUUUUUUUUUUUAACCAAAAAAAAUCCUUUAUAAUUUCUGCCCAGCAAGCCACCAACGUCAAUAGAUGUUACCUGGCUGAAUGUAGGACCUAAUGUUGGGUAACCAAAACUCAAUGUGAGGCCAACUAUAUAAUGUCAUAUAUAUUUUAAUGCUGGAGCUUGAUGUCCAUUCAAUGCUACUUUUGAUGGAUAUUUAUUUGAUUUUGACUUGAUUUGCCUCAGCUGUCCUUGGAUUUUAUUAAGUGUUUGGACUUAAUAAUCAGUAAAUUCAGGUUCUGAUUUUCAGGACCUGAUUUUGAGACCCUUUUUUUCUAAAUCAUCGAUAGGUACCAUAUUAAAUGUGCCUCAUAGAAUAAAUUACAUGAACUUAUGGCCAAAUACUCUGAAAAAAGUCACACACUCUAAUAUUUGGUUGGACAGCCUUUAGCUUUGAUUGCAGCACACAUUCACUGUGCCAUUGUUUCAGUAAGCUUCUGCAACGUCACAAGAUUUACUUCAAUCCAGUGUUGCUGGAUUACUUUUUCACCAAGAGGAACAAAGCCUUCUCCAGCCCAUCCCAAAGAUUCUCAAUGAGGUUAAGAUCUGAACUCUGGACUGGUGAACAAUCCAUGUGUGAAAAUGAUGAUCUCAUGCUCCCUGAAUCACUCUUUCGCAAUUCCAGCCCCAUGAAUCCUAACAUUUUUAUCUUGGAAUAUGGUCGUGCCAUCAGUGAAGAAAAAAUCAAUUGAUGGAAUAACCUGGUCUAUAUUCAGUGUAUUCAGGUAGUCAGCUGAUCUCAUUCUUUCAGCACAUACUGUUGCUGAACCUAAACCUGCAGACCAACUGCAGCAUCAACCAACUCCACAUCAUUUACUUACUUAAAUCCAGAUGGAUUACCAUUUCAUGUUACUUUUAAAGGAUAUGUGUUUUUUAACUAAAGCUAAGUGUAAGUUGAAUGUUAUGAGUUGAAUGUUAUCAGUGUUUUUCUAAUGUCAGAUUGAUAUCCAGUACCUGAUAGGUUAAUUAUUCUUUAUGAAACUAGAAUGGUUCUUCUAUGGCAUUGUACAGGAGCACAAAAAGCACCAACCACGAGGAUCAGAGUUCCACCACCCCUGUUUUAAAUUGUUUACUCAAGUCAGAAGAACUUUGCCUUAGCAUUGCACAGUUGCAACCAGGAGAGGGCAGUGCAGACUUGAGCCUUAAAACUGAAUCCAGCGUAUUUGAUCUCUGCAUAUGUGUUUCAGUGGACUUAGGGAUAAAACAAUGAAGAAACAUUAAUUGUUGUAUUGCACAGCUUAUUCUUUGUGUACUAUUAAUGGAUUAUGUUGUAUUGCAUUUAAUAAGCCAUUAGAACCAUAGUGCAAAAUGAUAGUAAUUAAGUUUCAGCUGAGUUAGCGAAUGAAUUCAGCUUGUCUGAGGCCUUGUGUGAUUGGCUGACUGCUUAUAGUAAUCAGUUAGUAACAGUUAGUCACAUAGUGAUGAGCACAUUAAGGUCUUAACAGGAUCUGCCCUAGAAUAAACUUCUGCCUUAAUUGCUGGAAUAUUAAUCACUGAUUUUUAAAAACAAUUUCUUAAUUAUGUUGCCGAUACUAGUUAGGACCUCAUCAUGUAGAUGAUGUAGACAUCAUGUUACCUGUGUCUGAGCUGCAGAGAUCAGAGUAAUGUGUUUUGUAGUAAUAAACAUUUUGUUAAUAAAUUUGGAUCUGUACUCCUCUA